UUGACCUACACGAUCUCCCACCGCUCAACACCCUACACCCUCUCCCUCCCCUCGACCGCCACCCUCUCCGACCUCAAAUCCGCGCUCGCCUCUCUCACCUCAAUCCCGCCCCAAAACCAGAAGCUACUCUACAAACCCCCACAUCUCGCAAACGAUUCGGAUUUAGCUGCGAUGUUACUGGAUCGAGGCAAGAUCAUGAUGAUCGGAACCCCAGCAUCGACGGUUGCGGCCGUACAGUCACCCCCCACACGCCCACGCCCACGGACACAGAAAGCGGCGGUACGACCAUUACGACAGGCACCACCAACCCAAGCAGACAUCCAAUACACCUUCCGCACCCUCCAGCCCCUCCCUUACCUCCCAAACUCCACCCACGCCCACUCAAUCCUCUCCAAACUCGCCUCCGACCCCGCCGUCCGCGCAAUCAUGCUCCGACAUAAAUUCAGUGUCGGGGUAUUGGGAGAGUUGGAUCCAGCGACGCAUACGAACCAUGAGGGGAGGACGCUGGGGCUUAACACGAAUCGUGGUGCGAUGAUUGAGGUACGGUUGAGGACCGAUGAGGAUCGUGUGAGUGGGAGUGUGGGUGGGAGGGGGUGGAGGAGGUAUAGGGAUGUAAGGGAUGUGCUUGCGCACGAGUUGGCGCACAACGUGUAUAGGGAACAUGAUGCCAAGUUUUGGCGGCUUUGUCGACAGUUGGAGGGGGAGAUG